AUGCAGCCCUACUUUUUAUCUCUUACUAUUUUGAUUGUUGCGAUCUAUGCCAAGUCAGAUUUACCAAAGAAUAUUGGACGAUUUGGAUGGCCGAAAGCAACUUGCAAAAAACCUGUUCCUGACAAUCUUAACAAAAACUUCAAGAAACACUUCAAAAAAAAGUUUCACAAUCACCUGAAGUAUGACUGCAAACUCAACGAUCGAGCUGACCAAUACAUGCAUGGGAGGCCAAUCCACGAAAAGGAAAGGCAGGCCUACAAUAUCACCAUGGACGUCUUCAAGAUGAAAUUUACACCGAAAAAACUUGCUUUGCGUGUUGUUAAGGAUAAGUCCAAUCGCCAAUUCUUCAGUAAGCUGAAGAAAAAGACCAGUUUUGGAUGCGCUUAUCUGUAUGAGCCGUAUGAAGAGCAAGUGCAGCUAUUAAAAUGGGGAAGAAAGUUUGUUGCUUAUGUGAAGAGGACAAAUACGACUGUGAUAUGUGUUUAUCGUGAACCUGCACCGAAGUCGCCCAAGUUGGAGUAA